AUGACGACAAGUCAACAACAUAGUGCACAAGGUAUUGGAGUGAACUAUGGACUAAACGGUGACAACCUUCCAACGCCAGACAAAGUCGUGGCCUUGUUACAAUCUAGAAACAUCGAGAAAGUUCGGCUCUUCGAUCCAAACCCGGGUGCUCUGAAAGCUCUUGGAGGCUCCAACAUAGAAGUUGUACUUGGAGUCAGAAAUGAAGAUUUGCAACAACUCGCUCAAGAUUCGUCCUUUGCAACCCAAUGGGUUAGCACUAAUGUUUUACCUUAUGUCCCUGCAGUGAAACUUAGGUAUGUAACUGCAGGUAACGAAGUCAUACCAGGGCCUAUGGCACAAUACGUUCUAGCCGCCAUGCAAAACCUAAAUAAUGCACUUAAAGCAGCUAAUGUUGCCGUGCCGGUUAGUACUGUCACUCACUUCAAAAUCAUCGGAAAAUCGUUUCCUCCUUCGAGCGGGGCGUUUGCCGACGACUCAGCUAGUAUUCUAGCCCCAAUAGUGCAAUUCUUGGCCUCUACACAUAGUCCAUUCUUUGUGAAUGUGUAUCCUUACUUUGCUAUUGAUGGCGAUCCUUCUAAUAUUCCACUGUCAUAUGCUCUGGGGAAUAGCACAACCGUGGUUGUGACCGAUGGAUCGUCCCAAUACAAAACCCUGUUCGAGGCAAUGAUCGAUACUGUAUACGCAGCGCUGGCUAAUGUUGGCGGACAGAACCUUAACGUCGUUGUUUCUGAGACUGGAUGGCCGAGCGGCGGCGGAGGUAGCUUGGCAACCGUUGAUAAUGCAAAAACUUACGUCAAUGACGUAGUGGCUUCUUCUUCUUCUGGUACACCAAAGAGAGCCAAUGCGGUCGAGACCUAUUUGUUCGCGAUCUUCAAUGAAGAUCUAAAAGCUGCUGGUACCGAACAGAAUUUUGGGCUAUAUCAUCCAGACAUGACAGAGGUUUACCAUGUUAAUUUUCCUUAA